CAGUGGCAACCCCAAAAAAUGACCCUCCUUUUGGGAUUGGUUCCAAGAUGCCAUUGAUGCACAACAGAGGCGCGACUCACAGGAAAUCACAUUUAAAAAGCUGACCAUCAAGAGGAAAUUACCAAAAACAAUUCUUUACCUUGUUCAACAACUCUCUCUAUUGCUCAUUCAAAAUGAAAACAUUCACCGUGCCUUAAACCCCUCUGUCCAGCAGCAGCCUCACAAUAUUCAUCAUGUAACCGCCGCGCGCAACCGUUCGUCAGCAUUUUCUGCAACUGUAUCGUCUGUACCUGCAUGUAUCAAGCGUUUUACAGCUCGUAAGACACAGAAAAUCAGCCCAAAACGGCCACAGCUGCAACCUAAUACAUUAUGUAUUUUCUGCAACGAAAUGCAUUGGACGAUACAAUGCCAAAAAUAUCCCACACCACAACAGAGGCGUGCACUCGCCAAAUCAAAGAACCUCUGUUUCAAAUGUCUGAAAAUUGGAUACGAACUUUGCGAUUAUCCUCGCAAACCCUACUGCUACUAUUGUAAAGGUAACCACCAUCCGUAA